AUGCAGGCCCUUCUGAUCUCCCGCGUGGGAUCCCUCCGCUCCUUCGCCACCUCCACUCGCCACCAGAUGAAAAACAAAGUCCCCGAACAUCAGAAGCUCUUUCAGGCGGAUAAUGGCCUGCCCGUGCAUCUGAAAGGGGGCAUCGUGGAUGCCUUGCUGUAUCGACUCACUAUGAGCAUCACUAUCUUUGGCUCCUGUUACUCCGUCUUCUCGCUGGUCAGAGCUGCUUUCCCCCAGAAGAACAAAUGA